AUGGACCCCAUCGACGUCGAAGGAAAUGUCAACAUCGCAGGCAAAGAGGAGGUCGUUGCGACACACACGGAGCGGAUCGUGGACGAUGAGAAGAAACAUCAAGAGCCUACCUUGACACGCGCCGAGAUCCGUCGCUUCAUGUGGAAAGUCGACGCCCAUGUCUUGCCGAUGCUUGGACUCAUCUAUGCCAUCUCUAUCCUCGACCGAAUCAACAUCGGGAGUGCCAAAGUCCUUGGCAUGCAAGAAGACCUCAACCUUGGGACCCAGAGGUAUUCCAUUGUCCUCAUGAUCUAUUUCCCCGGCUACGCUCUUUCCGAUGUGCCAUCCAACUGGAUCCUCACCAAGGUUGAGCCUCGAUGGUGGCUGCCUUUUCUCACAGUCGCAUGGGGAGCUGUCCUGACUGGCAUGGGUUUCGUCCACAACUGGGGAAUUCUAGCCUUCCUUCGUCUCCUUCUCGGUACGCUCGAAGGUGGCAUCCUCCCCGGCAUUACUUUCACCAUCGCUUGUUGGUAUUCCCGCCAUGAAUUGCACAAGAGGAUAUCCUUCGCUUACGGUAUCGGCGUCGUGGCUUCCGGAUUGGCGGGCAUUCUCUCUUUUGGGCUUGGAUCGAUGAGUGGUCUUCGGGACAUGAAUGGUUGGCGCUGGAUCUUCUCUAUCGAAGGUGGAGCCACAAUGGCCGUCGGCUGCAUUGCGCCUUUCUUUGUUCCCAAAUUCCCUGAUCACACCAAAUGGAUCAAGCCAGAUGAGAGAGUCUACCUUUACAACAAGCUCGAAAAGGACCGAGGAGACUACAAGACUGGAAAAGUGGGCUGGUCAUCUUUUGUCCACACCGCGAAGGAUUGGACCCUGUGGGCGCAGGGUACGAUCUACUGCUUCAACGUCGGAACGGCCAACGCUGUUGGUUUCUUUACUCCAACCAUCAUCAAGGGUUUAGGAUAUUCCGGCUUGCAGGCAAGCUUGCGCUCAGGUUAUCCUUUCUUCGCAGCUCUUGGGCUCCUCGGCAUUACUUCCUACUUGUCGGACAAGUACCAGAAGCGGGCGAUCAUCUGCAUCUUCAAUUCCUUCGUCAUGAUCACGGGAUUUUCGAUCAUGCGAGAAGGCUUCUCGAACCACGUCCGAUACUUCGGCAUCUUCCUUGCCACGAUGGGUGUCCACUCGAACACUCCGGCGCUGCUUGCUUUCAAUCAAUCCAACAUUGUCGACUCGGCGGGAAGAGCAGUGUCUUCGGGUAUCCUGAUCGCCUGUGGUGCCAUCGGAGGCAUUAUUGGCAGUCUCAUCUUCAGAGGCCAAGAUGCUCCAUCAUACGGGCCCGGAAUAUACACGACUAUCGGGCUUACCGCGUACAUGGUCUUGGCCUUGUCUUUCAUGGUGUACAUCUAUCACUCACGGAACAAGAAGGCUGAUCGGGACGGCACCCAUAUCGCAGGCGUGCCAGGCUUCAGGUACGCGUUGUAG